CCAUUCCGGCUGUAGUGAGCAGACUGUAGUUUUAGUGUAUUGGUCGGCGCGAAAUCUUUACGUAAAACUGAAAGAAAGAGCAUCGUUCUACACGAGUCAAAUCACCCAUGGCACUGUGCAAUGGAGAUACCAAGCAGGAGAUCACAGGGGACCCCAAGGAUGGGCCACGUCACACCGAGGGAGCUGUAGUAAUUCUAGAUGCGGGAGCUCAGUACGGAAAAGUCAUCGACAGGCGUGUGCGGGAGCUCUUUGUACAAUCCGAGAUCCUGCCGCUGGACACCCCUGCUUUUGCAAUCCGGGAGCAGGGCUUCAGGGCUAUUAUCAUAUCUGGAGGACCAAACUCUGUCUAUGCUGAAGAUGCCCCUUGGUUUGACCCAGCAAUUUUCACUAUUGGCAAACCGGUCCUGGGUAUCUGCUAUGGCAUGCAGAUGAUGAAUAAGGUGUUUGGAGGCACCGUUCACAGGAAAAAUGUGAGAGAAGACGGGGUCUUCAAUAUCAGUGUGGAUAAUUCAUGUUCUCUGUUCCGGGGUCUUCAAAAGGAGGAGCUUGUGCUGCUCACACAUGGAGACAGUGUGGAUAAAGUAGCUGAUGGCUUUAAGGUUGUCGCCCAGUCUGGGAAUAUCGUUGCAGGUAUAGCUAACGAACAGAAGAAGCUGUUUGGUGUCCAGUUCCAUCCUGAGGUGGAUCUGACCGAACGAGGCCGGGAGAUGUUAAAGAACUUCCUGUUUGAAAUAGCAGGCUGCAGUGGCAACUUCACAGUCCAGAACAGAGAAGAAGCGUGUAUUCGAGAGAUAAAAGAAAAAGUAAAUAAUUGCAAAGUUCUGGUUUUACUUAGCGGUGGUGUGGAUUCCACAGUGUGCACGGCCUUAUUGAACAAGGCUUUGAAUCAAGAGCAGGUGAUAGCUGUGCACAUCGACAACGGCUUCAUGAGGAAGAGAGAGAGCAAGUCUGUAGAGGAGGCACUCACGAAGCUGGGCAUCAAUGUUAAAGUGAUAAAUGCAGCCCACACAUUCUACAAUGGCACAACAACGCUGCCGAUUUCAGACGAAGACAGAACUCCCAGAAAGAGAAUUAGUAAGACACUGAAUAUGACCACAAACCCAGAAGAGAAGAGAAAAAUAAUAGGAGACACCUUUGUCAAGGUUGCUAAUGAAGUUAUUGGGGAGAUGAAUCUGAAGCCGGAGGAAGUUUACCUCGCUCAGGGAACAUUACGACCUGAUUUAAUUGAAAGCGCUUCAGCGAUUGCCAGUUGUAAAGCCGAAGUUAUUAAAACCCACCACAAUGACACAGAGCUUAUAAGAAGACUGAGGGAUGAGGGCAAGGUAAUCGAGCCACUGAAGGACUUUCACAAGGAUGAGGUGCGAGCACUAGGCAGAGAACUUGGUCUUCCUGAAGAUAUUGUAUCAAGGCAUCCAUUCCCAGGUCCUGGUCUAGCUAUCCGGGUGAUAUGUGCAGACGAACCUUACGUCUGCAAAGACUUUGCAGAGACAAACAACAUCCUGAAAAUUGUAGUAGAUUUUUCAGCCAGUGUUAAAAAACCACAUACCUUGUUGCAAAGGGUAAAAUCCUGUAUAUCUGACGAGGAACAGGAGACAUUAAUGCAAAUCACAAGCCAACAUUCACUCAAUGCCUUCUUGCUGCCAAUCAAAACUGUGGGAGUCCAGGGAGAUUGCCGGUCUUAUAGCUAUGUGUGUGGCAUAUCCAGUAAAGACGGCCCUCACUGGGAGUCUCUGAUGUUCUUAUCCAGAUUAAUUCCACGCAUGUGUCACAGUAUCAACAGAGUUGUUUAUGUGUUUGGACCACAAGUCAAAGAGCCUCCUACGGAUAUCACUCCCACUUUCUUAACAACGGGGGUUCUCGGCACACUCCGGCAAGCAGACUUUGUGGCCCAUGUCAUCCUCAGGGAGUCAGGUUACGCUGGUAAAAUCAGUCAGAUGCCUGUUAUUUUGACCCCUCUACAUUUUGAUCGGGACCCAUUGCAAAAGCAGCCUUCAUGUCGAAGGUCAGUCGUUAUUCGAACCUUCAUAACCAGUGACUUCAUGACUGGCAUUCCAGCCACACCGAACAACCAGAUUGCAGAAGAGGUGGUAUUGAAAAUGGUGAACGAGAUUAAGAAGAUUCCUGGUAUUUCUCGAGUGAUGUACGACCUUACAUCCAAGCCUCCUGGAACCACAGAGUGGGAGUAGGAUUCUCAAGUUGUACUAUCUGUGCAGCCGAAAUGCCCUCCCCAAGAAGAACAUUCCCAGUGCUGACAUGCAGUGCUGUUUGACUGGAGCUGCGGCAUUGCACCUGUUUCAUUUGUUUUUUCCCUCGUGACCAUAAUCUCAUAAAAUCACUGUGUUGGGAUGGAGGAAACCCAUGGGGCAGAGGACCUGUACGGGUAACACAAGACACAGCAUCUGGUGCUGGCAGAGAGAACAAUUGUAUUGCUUUUGCCUUUGUAAUAUUAUUCAUGAUACCUAUUUUAGUUUUUGUCAUUACUGUCAGUUUUGUAUGUCACAGGAUGAGACUGUACUUAGGCAGUACUGGUUACCAUUGUUACAGAAGAAUAACGUCAAGAUAAUUACGGAUGUGACCAGUUUAAUUUUAAACAGAUUCAUUAAAGCAAUUUUUUUGCCAAAUGGAUAUAUAAAAAUAAAAUCAUGAAAUAGGACGUGAAUAUUAAGCCAGUGCCUGGGUUGUGGAGUUGUUCGCUUUUACUCUGACCGUGCUUACUGUAUCAUAUUCCAUGUUGCAAUGUAUUGUACUAAACACGGGGAGAGCCUCAGCAGUAAUCUGAAUUCUGCACCCAGACCCUGGGGUACAUUAGCAUCCAAGUCUCUCAAUGAUAUGCGGAUUAAUGUUGCACACUGUAUUGCUGUAUUACAUCUGCCAGACAGCUCCUUCACUAAGAUGUAUUCUGAUGGAACAAUUUGUUUGGGGUGGGGGUUAAAUGUGUCUGGUUUAUUCUUUUAAAUAACAGUGGUUCUGUUUGGUAGCAGAAUGCAGCACUACAAUAUCAAUUUGUUCUGUCUUAAUUGCAAAAAGAGAGUUCUUAAUGUAUGACCUUUUUUAAAAUGCCAAUUUUACAUAACAUUCUCAUUUAAAAAAUAAAUAAAUAAAUUGCUUAUAUAACUAAUGGACAUUUAUUUUGGUAGUUUUGGUUUAAUUGCAAUACUAAAUGGAUUUUAAGCUUAAUUUAUGCAAUUCUGUGUAUGCCGAGGUUAUUCUAAUAUUAAAAACGGAAUAAGUCAGUGCUUUUUCAUUUUGUAAUGUGCCUACAAAAUUCCACUGCAUGCAAAGUUUCAACAUUAAAUUUGUAUAAGGAAAAAUAAGAUUUAAUAAAGAAUUCUGUUUAAAGCUAGUGUGUUUUUCCCCCUCUUAAAUGCAUUCCAUUAUCUUCAGUUUUCUUAUGUCACCUUUGCAAGGAAGUGUAUUAACAGUGUGCACAAGCACCUCUGUAUUUACAGUUCUGUAACAUUUAUUACAUGUUGUUCUGGUUCUACAAUAAAUUUCAAUUUAGACCAAAA